AAACAAAGCCAACCUCAGAGGAGACCACAGCUGGGCAAGACGCACUGAUUCCCAUACACAUCCAGACAAAGUCAAAAGCGAAGCAAGAAGAGACUAACCUCAACCAUGGAAAGACAACAUCAAUAACAUGGACUAGCGUGGGGAGUCAACACCAUCGCAACGCCAAAGACCGGAGACACACCGAGACACUCAAAAAUUCCAGAAGAGUGAAGACUGAGGAGACGUUACACGACACCGAGAUCAACCAACGACCGACUGAACUGGUCUUCCACAGCAGUCUGAGGACAAUGGCUACACCAUGCAAGCGGGGGAGAGGGGCCGUGAGAUUCAGGUCCAGCAGCAGGAGCAGAAAAUUGCACAUGACUCACUUACAGGCCAACGUACCUCAACCAGCCCCUCAAGGAGACAAUGAGGCUCUCAAGCAUCAUCUCUUGAAAAUGCUUGUGACUGACCUGAUGCCCCUGAGCACCGUUAAAGACGCCGGUUUUCGAGCCUUCACGCGGGCCCUAAACCCGACCGUUGACCUACCAUCCUCCGUGGCGUGGGUGCGCGCCGAACUCCUGAGCGUGCACGAGGGCAUCAAGUCCGAGGUGAAGGAGAUGCUGCAGUCCGUCCCCGAGGUCGCCUUGACCGCCGAAAUGUGGACGCACCCCUCGGAAGGGGCCUACCUGACGGCGAGCUGCCACUUCAUCGACAAGUACUGGAAGAGGCGGAGCUUGGUGUUGGAGACGGCCCACUUGGGCGCGCAGCGGGACGCGGCGAAGGUGGUGGACCUGCUCCUGAAGCUGUCUAGCAGGUGGGGCAUCGCCGAGAAGGUGAAGGUGGUGGUGUCCAACAUGAUGGGCAAGGGGAGCAUGACGGAGAGCUGCGAGGCCAAGGGCUGGGCGCACGUGCGCUGCUUCGUCUGCACGCUGGACGUGGCGUUCUGCGAGGCGCUGGCUCUCCUCGACGCCUGGGCGUGCCGGGCGCGGCAGCUGCUGAAAAAGUGCCGGAGCGUGGUGCGCUUCUUCCAGCACGACCGCGACGCCCAGCGGCAGCUCCGAGCCAACCAGGAGACGCUGCAGCUCAGCCCGCUGCGGCUGGUGCAGGCCUCAGAGGACACGUGGCUGGACGUCUGCACCAUGCUGCAGAGGCUGUCGGAGCAGCGCAACGCCAUCAACAUGGUGCUCAUCCAGCGCGUCAGAGCCGACCUGUGGUUGAACGAUGAAGACGCGGCUAAAAUCGACGCCAUCGUGGCGGCCUUCCAGCCCCUCAAAGACGCGGUGAAGGAGAUGGACAGCGACGGGUACGAAUGCAUCUCGAAUAUCAUCCCGCUCGUGACCAAGAUGCAGAAGUCAAUGGCCAGGCUCGCGGAGGAGGGGAACGAGGUGGCCAGGGCGAUGGCCGAGGUUUUCACGAGACACUUGGGUCACGCGGGGGACAAUCGCUGGAUGACCCUGAGCACGGCCUUGGACCCACGCUUCAAAAACAUCUUGUGGUUCGACAGCAGGGCACAGACUAUCGAGCACAAACUCCAAACGGAGCUGAAAGCCGUAAGCCCGAGCAGAGGCUCCGAACAUUCGGGCGCCCAGUCGCCCGAAAUUACGGAAAUACUGAACGAGUACAAGAGCACCAGCACCAUGUUGCCAAAUCAGAACCCGCUUGACUUUUGGAGACUGCCCAGGAGGCUAAAGAAGCUAAGCUUCGUCGCGCUGAAAUACCUCACGGUCGUGUCGACAGUCGUCCCUCUACGGCGUGCCUUCAACCAGGAAGUUUCUAGAAGGCUUCACUACAACAGGUGCCACCUGGAGCCAGAGAACGUGAACUUGAUGCUGUUCCUAAAUGGACACUGGUCCAUCGAGAGCAGUGACUCAUCAGAUUAGAAUAUUUUCAUACCUUUUCUAUUUGGUGAACCUCAAACAAUCGUACACAAUUCUGUGUGUAUGUCACUUCUGUUUCUGUACUAUACUGACGUUCUGACGGGAUUAUUUAUACGUAACUUGUAAAGUUAUUACUUAUAUACAUGAAUAUAUAUCAAAAUAUGUUAUAAAUAUAAUAAAAACAACUAUUUGUUUAUACAACUUUAAUGCUGAUUCAUGAAUGAUACGGAACGGAUAAGUACCAAACCUGAAUAAACACCGCCAUCUAGUGGUGAGAACGUUACACUCUACAACUAGAAAAUGCACCUCGAAAGUGCUUUUGUCAUGAAAUAUAGCCAACAUCAAGGUGCAAAUAUGCAUUUAAGGCAACCAUAUCUCUUAUUGAAGUCUUGAUUAACAACUAAAUGAAUGGCUUACCCAUAUUUUCCUAAUGAAAUCAGUCAGUCAUUGACAAGUGUAAGGAUGUCUCCCAGUAGUCUCAGUCAGUCAAAGGCACCCCUAUCAUGGAGUUUUUUGUUCCGAUGCGACCUCAUAAUUCUGAUGAUAUCCACUGUGGUUGUCUUCAGGGGGGUCAUAAAUAAGAGGAGGCUAAAGUUGACGGCUUACGGGCUAUCUAGUAGUUCUGACCAUAGACAUCUAUAUAUGUCUAUGGUUCUGACACGGAAGUCCUCGAACAUGACCGAGUAGUUUACCGAGUAAGGGGCCCCGGGGGAAAACAAAACGUUAACGUCAGAAGGAAACGAGAAAAGACAUGAAAAGAGUGUAAUGAAGGAGUGAGUGGCUGAAGACUCUUUCAAAUAACAUCUGAAAAAUUCCGUUAGUGGAGACAAAUGUGGCCUACAUAUGAUAUGGCGGGCCGUCAGGCCCUGGAAGAUGAAAGACCGAAAGAAACGGCACUGCAUAUGCACUAUUGAUGAGGUCCAUUACCUACCUAAACAGCAGAAUCCUUGGUAAUACCUUGGACAUCUCUGAUGUCUAUUCAUAGUUGCAUUUGCAGAGUGUGCUGAUCUGAAAGACCAAAAAGAAAAACUCUAAUUGCCUUUCAAUUACCAUGAAAUCCGCCUCAAUCCUUUGUAUAAAAAUACAGAAUCAUCGUUCACAUUCAGAUGAAAGACACAAAGUUCAAUUUACCGCAGAUAUAUCUCUAUGCCCGCCGGGAGU